AUGUCAAGGACCCCCACUUCUCCGUUGAAUGAAAAAAAUGUUGAACUACAGUUGGCUUCCGCAGAUGGAAAUCCAUCUUUAGCCUCUUUUGGUCUAUCGUUUCAACGAGAACCCAACAUACCCGCUCGAAUCGAAACCUCAUUUGAGCCCUGGGCGAUACAAAGGAAAAUUCACUCUGUGUCACCUUCAACACUUGAUCUGAGGCACAUCUUUCAAAAAUUUGACUUCGCAAUUCAUAAAAGCUCCACUUCAGCGUGGUCACAAUGCAGUCAAUUGUUACGGACUCGGAGCUUGCCUUCGGUAUUUAUCGUUCCAUAG